AUGUUUAUAAUUUUUUUAAUCUAAGCUAUUUACUCGUUAAAUGAGGAGAACUUUUUAUGUGGAUUACGCCUAUUUUAUGAAUAAUAAACAUUCUUUUUAGUUGAUUAAUAGAAUGAGAAGUAAUAUAUUUAUUUAAUUGCUGAGUACGAUGCCUUAUAUACUAACUAGCCAAUCACCUCAUUUUGCAUUAGAUAUCUAAUAAAGUUAUAAAUCUUCAUAAAGUUUGAACAAUAACUCAUAUUUCUUGGUGGGAUUUACUGAUGCUUACAUUUUUGCAGGCAAUGCUAGUGAAAUUUAAUGGUUAUCAAUCUAGGAGUUCAAAGUAAAAUAAAAUAGAACCACUGCUUCUGUUCAUCUUUAUAACGGUUAUAAUGGCUAUUUUGUUGAUAAAUAAGAAGAUGGAGGUCAUUUAUUGAUAUCAAAAGAAAAUUUAGUGAGAGAAUUUUCUUUUGGUAAAACGGAUGCUAUAGAUAAAUUUUAGAAUAUGGGCUUUAUUUAUAUUGUAUCAUGGGGAGGUAAAGGGGAUCCUAUGUUGAUUUUAAAACGGUUUGUACAUUUAAUUAAUCAAUCUGAAGACCAAGAAUAUUGUUAAUAAAAGGUCGCUUCAAUUUCAUUAGAAUAAAUUUAAUGUAAUUUAGAUAAUAAUUUUGAACGCUUAACCUUUCAUACUCCUGAUCUCUAUCAUCCUCCAAUACAUUAUCAUCUUGGAAAUGAAAUAAUAAAUGGGUCAUUAGAGAAUGAAUAUUUUACAAAAAAUUAUCCAGGACUUUAAGUUUUUGUUGCUUAAAAUUUAAAUAAUAAAGUACUUGAAUUGAGAAUACCUAUAAAAAAUAUGGAAACUCAUUAAUAAACAAUAGAUUAUCCUUAAAGUGGAUUAAUUGUGACACUUUAAUAAGAAAAUAGAGGAUUUAUUCAUGUUCUAAUUUUUGAAAGUGAUGAAGGGAUUGUAAUCAAUUACAAGGAAGAUGAAAAUCUAGCUUAUAUAACUAUCGGUAUGACUGACUCAAAAGUCUUUGUUUUUUCAUUUGUUACUUCCUAAUUUAUGAAAUUUCCUACAAUUGAUUUAAUUGAACAUGUAUUUUAAGAUUGUGUAUUUAUCAUUCACUAAAGGAACAAUGUGUGUGAAAAUGCUCAAUAAAAAUGUUCUGAUAUUUCAUUAAGCUUUUUUAAAAAAUUUCCAUUUGAUUUGCACUCUGAUUAAUUAAUUAAAUUCAAAUCUAAUGGUUAAUUUUAGGAUACUCCAUUUGUUGAAAUGUUUGAUAAUAUAACAGUUGUUUAGAAUGAUUUUACUAUUUUAUUUUCAUCUGAAAUUAAUAAUAGAGAAAUGAAUCAUGGGGGAUAUAUUGGAUCACUUCUUAGAAUUACUUAUAAAUAAUAAAGUAUUAAUUCUUUAAUAAUUAAUGAACAAAAUGAAAAUUUAGAAGCAUUUUACAGUAUUAAUGAUAAUGUUUGUAAGUUUAUUCAAUAUAAUUUAGAUACUCAUUAAAUUUAAAAUAUUAUUGGAAGAACUUAUGUUUUAGUAUUUACAUCUUAAAAUGAAUUAACAGAUAUUUAAUGUUUAUAAUUGUUUAGAGAAUUCAUUGAUCAUAUUUAAAAGACAUUUAUAAUUUAAUAGAGUAAAUUAUUAACUAAUACAUUUAGUUGAAGAUCAUUGUGAAGCUUAAUAAAAAUAUUAUGAUGUUAAGCCAAUUUAGUAUAAAGAAAUACAUAAAUAAUUAAAGUAGCCAACUGAAUUGAUAUAAACUGUUUAAGAGGAUUAAUUUGACUAAAAUGAUUUAGAAUAUUCUACAGAUGAGGAAGAAAUAAAUUAAAAUGAACUCGACAUAAAUUAAGAAGAACCAAGAUACUUUAGUGAAGCAAUGUUAAUACCAGAAGAAAGCCAUCCAGAAUCUUAAUAAAAUGAAGAUUAAGUAGUAAACUAAAAUUCAAUAGUUCAAUAGCAAUUAAAAAAAGAAGAAUUUGAUAAUUAUAAAUAAUAAUUAUAAGAAAAAUAAGAGAAAGAGUAACAAGAAUAAUAAUAAUAAUAAUAAUAAUAAUAAUAAUAAUAAUAAUAAUAAUAAUAAUAAUAAUAAUAAUAAUAAUAAUAAUAAUAAUAAUAAUAAUAAUAAUAAUAAUAAUAAUAAUAAUAAUAACAUAAAUAAAUUUAUUAAAGUAAAAAAGCAGAAUUAGAUUAAAAGUAAAGAUAAAACGAAAUUCUAAAAAAAAAAUAAAAAUAAAAAUCAAAUACUGAAGAAGGAAAUAAUAUGAAGGAAUCUUAAAAUUUAAGAAAACAAUAAUAAUUAUAAAAAAUAGAGAAGGAAAUUUUGAAAGAAGAGAUAGAAUAACAAUUGUAAAUUUAAAAGGAAUAGUAAUUUCAAAAAACAUUUCAUCAAAGGGAAAAAAGUAGAGAAGAAUAUUAUAGCAAAGGAGAUAGAUAUUUAAAAUCAGAAUAUUAGGGAAGAGACUAUAGGAGAAGGGACGACGAUUAUGGGAGAGAAGAUGUUUAUUCUGGAAGGUAUAGUGGUAGAAGAGGACCUCCUUUAACUGGCUAGAGUGUUACAAUACCAAAAAAUCCAAAUGACUAAGAGUUAGGAAGAUUCUUCAGAGAAGUUAUUAGCAAAUUAUAGUAUAAUAUAGUAUAUUAAUUAAGUAUUUAUUCAGAUCCAUGUGAUGCAAAAUCUACAAACUAUAAUCCAGAAAAUUGUGAGGCAGAUAAUUAUUAUGGUUCUUCUUCAAUAAAAAGGACAGAGCCAAGACAAAGAGAUUUUUAUAGAAGUGCUUAUAAAUAUGAUAAUAAAUAUGAAUAUAGAGGUAUUUAUAUACAUUUAUUUAGCAUGUAUCACUGUAUAUUCUAAAUGCUAAUUUCAAGGGGAAUCUUUAUAACUUUGUGGCCAUUAAAGGAAUAUUCCAAAAUCAUAAUUAUUUUUAGAUAUUUUAUCAAUUAGAGCUGAUGAAAAUUAUAUUGUUGAAUUUUAUAUGAAAGGAAGAGAUGGAAGAUCGGAAUUAUAUACAUUAAAAGGUACUUAAAAAUGUCUCAAGUCUCCAUUAAGAGUUGAUUGGCUAUUACAAUGA